GCGCGGGCGCGCAGCGAUGACGUCACUCGGGGCGCGACGCCGCCGCCGCCGCCGCCGCUACCGGAGAGUGCCGGGAACCGGCGGGGCCGCGGCGGAAGUGACGUCACGGAGAGCGCGGGAAAAGGCGCGGGAUGAGCGGGAGUGACGUCAGCCCCUCCCCCUCCCUCCGCCUGGCCAUGGCUGGGGCCUGGUGGGCGCUGAGGGGGCGUGGCCUGGGUGGGCGUGGUCUGGAUGGGCGUGGCCUGGAUGGGCGUGGCCUGGAUGGGCGUGGCUGGGGGCGGCUCCUGGCGCUGCUGGAGGCCGUGGGGGGCGGGGCCCCGGCGCUGCUGCGACCCCGGCACCGCGCCCGGCUCAGCCUGGGGCUGAGGGCACAGGUGGUGACGUCAUUGCUGAGGGAGCUCGGCCCCUCCCCCGCCGUGCUGGACGCGCUGGAUUGGCUCUUCCCGGAGGGGGCGGGGCCAGCGGCGGGACACGCCCUCGGGACGCUGCAAGGGCGCCCCCUGGUGGCCGUGGCCGAGGAGAGCUUCCGGGAGCAGGUGCUGGGAAUUCUGGGAAGUGGGCGGGGCCUGCAGCCCUUCCUGGAGGUGAGACCAGAGUACGGGCCACGUUUCCGGAAUUCUCUCGGGAAUCUUUUCCUGGAAUUUUUGCUCCGUUUGGAGAGCGCCCUUCCCCCACCCGACCUGGCCCAGCUGGACGCCCUCUGCCGAAGCCACGCCCCCCCAGGGUUUAGGACACGCCCCCUCCCCAUCCUGCGCCGCUAUUGGGCCGAAGUUGGCCACGCCCACCCGGCGCCGGUGCCGCGCCCAAUCCCGGCUCGGAAGACCACGCCCAUGGUGAAGCCCCGCCCCCAGCGCCGCAGGCUCCGCCCACUCCGCUUCUCCCCUUACCACGCUGACGGGAAAGGAGAUCGAGAUCGACAUCGAACCCACGGACAAGGUGGAGCGGAUCAAGGAGCGCGUGGAGGAGAAGGAAGGGAUCCCCCCCCAGCAGCAGCGGCUGAUCUACAGCGGGAAGCAAAUGAACGAUGAGAAGACGGCGGCCGACUACAAAAUCCAGGGGGGCUCCGUCCUCCAUCUUGUGCUGGCCCUGCGGGGGGGCGUGGCCAGGCCCUGAAGAGGAGGAAAAAGGGGGCGUGGUCACGCCCAGACCACGCCCACUCCCUUUCAAACCACGCCCACCCCUCAUUUCCUUCCCCCUUUGAGCUCCUUUCCCGCCGGUGACUCCGUUCUUAUUUAAUAAAGGUUCGCUGAUGACGUCA